AUGGACACGUCGCCGGAUGCGUGGGUGAAUGGCUACUUGGCUGAUGCCGCAGCUUCCCCAUCACCAAUUCACCAUCGCCAGCUCGUGGAGCUGGUAGUGGAAACGUCCAUCCACAAGAAGAUAGAGAAGGCCGGUAGCAAGGUGACCGUCAAAGUGAAGGAGCCGAAGCAAGAGGAUCACGGCAGCAUCCCGCAGGCCAGAUCGUUGUCGGCCACCGCGAUCUGCAUGCCGGCAGGAUCGUCAGCAGUGAUCCCGCUCCAGCAAGUCGCAUGUUUACCGGCGGGCCCCUUCGCGGUUGUUCUGCCGGAGAUCACCAGUGGCGCCCCCGCCACAAUCACGGUCAGCAUCGGCGACCAUCGCAGCAAGGGGAAAGCCACUGAGGACAAGCGCGAGAAGGCCGUAAAAGCAAAGAUGGGUCCUUGUGGUGGCCCUGGUGGCGACGUGUGGAAGAUGGACGUGCGCGGCGUCGACCGCAUCGUCAAGGUGAUCCUGUGGCAUGCAGGCGCAGUCGACGCAAUCUCGGUUUCGUACGAGCGGGAUGGCCAGAUUGAGCAGACCGAGCACUGGGGGAAACCUGAGGGUCGACAACGCUCAGAGAUCUGUUUGGAUCCGGAUGAAUACCUCACCGGUAUGAAAGGGCAUGUGGGCGAGUUCGGUGGCUCUUUCCUUGUCGGAGCGCUUAAUUUAGUUGGCAACCGGCGCUCCUUCGGACCAUACGGGACAAGGAAAGGCCCGCCGUUCGAGUUGCCUGCGGCGGCCGGCCAAAUCAUCGUCUUCCACGGGCGUUCCGGAGGCCUCCUUGACGCGCUUGGCAUCUACGUCAAGAUGGAUGACUAGCCCUUGCUCCAGACCAUCAAUGAUUGAUCCUACCGUGUGAACCAAUUUAGACGUCCGCACUAUUGUUAAUUUGGACAACCCCUAUCUUUAUUGUGCAUGCAUGUUUGUUAGCUGCUUCUUUCAUUGUGCAUGCAUGUUUGUUAGCUGCUUCUUCUGUUGA